UUCAGUCUCUAGAUUACUUCGAUAUAACCAGCACUGUCGAUUCACACGGACACGAGGGCCAUGGCGAGGCUUCUGGCGAGGGCUCGUUAAUGGCAGACAAUGAUUUCGAGACGAAUGGCAGACAAUGAUUUCGAGACGAAUGGCAAUUCUUCCAUCGGCUUACCCCAUUACUAUUUGGAGGGAUUCGAAGCCAUUCGUCUCCAUAACAUUAACGACGGAAGUGCAAUACCAAAGAGCAUGUCAAUCACUCGAUUUCGAGAGGUAGUGAGUUCGGGAGGUUAUACAGAUGCAGCGCUGUCUGAUCUUAUGGUCGAGGUUUUCUCUGCCACGCACAAGUCUGGUAAAUUCAUCCCUGGGGAGGAACCUCUACUUGGCACGUAUACGUGUCGCUUUUCUGGGGCCGAUCUAUCCUCUAACUAUCAUGCACCUGAAGCUGCUCAUUGUGCCCACGCCAAAGAAGUUAAUAAGACUGCGAAGGAGGCCUUCGAAGAACAUCUCUUGCCUCUCGAAUUGCCAUGCUCAUACUAUGCACAAGGGCCUCUCAAGCUGGUAAAUCCAAAGCUUUGUGGGUUUUCCUCAUUCAAGACUCGCCGUGAUCAAACCCGACAUGUCUUUCAGCAUACACUAGUGCUUUACCAUAAAUAUUACGUAGCCGGGAAUAUCCCUCAUGGGGAGUGGCAUUGCUACUACAAUAGCUGUGCUAUCCUCACAAAUCCGACAGCCAAUGAUACUCAGGGCCCCCCAAAAGUUAUACUAUUAACAAGCUCGAUCUUUUCCUCUGAAAAAGACUAUCUCCGCCAUUUGUACUAUGAGCACCGACUUAGUCCCCUCUCCGUCAAGUCGAUCUCGUGGUGCGGUAUUUGCGAGCAGUUUCUGGAGUGGGAGCAGUUCGGGGUCAGGAAAGAUGAUCAUUUUGCCUCCCAUUGGGAGGAGGUAUGGAGGUUGGUUAGAGAGCAUGGGUACGCUGGCCAAUUUGACAAUGGACGUCGAACAAUCCCUUCCUUCUGCCCGUUUUGCCUUCAUAACGAGAAUCUGUCGCCUAUUGAGAGAAUCUCGGCGACGAUGAGCCAGGUCACCCGUUCUAGCAAUUUUGACCACAUAGCGGCACAUAUCGACGCCCCUAAUUUGCUUUCAACUUUUAUGUGCCCUUGCUUCCCAAUAACCUGUACCUAUCAGCAAGAGAUGCUUCCCCAGGAACUGUCGAGUCAUUUGAGCAAUGUUCAUGGCAUAGCAAUGCCCAAGACCACGCGCAAGGAACAGAGGGAAACGCAGAAGAAAGCAAGAGCCCUUGGUGAAAGAUCCGUGAAUGCUCAAGGAGGAUUAGGAAGCGGGAAGCCAUCAAAGAGAAUAAAGAUGUAAGGUAGUUAGUGUUAGGAGAUUAUGGCAUCACUCAUGUCAAUCCUCCUGUCACGUGCUGCGCACAGGCAUAUAUAUAGCUUCUUCACCGCCCUUAGGGCACCAUGAUUCAUAGAUACAUUUACACAAACACACCACAUUCCACUUCCACAGCUUGUCCAGGCCGUGACACCUCCUCACCCACUCCUCUUUCGGCGGAUGACUAUCAAAAGAUAUCGCCCCAAAAAUCUGUCACAUGAGCAUUCAUUUCUUCUUCUUCCACCUAUUUUCUAUGUGUUCUAGACUUCUCUUCCUCGAAUCCUCCAUUUCUGCUAUCAAACGCAGAUUUCAGAUCCUCCCAUGCUGUCAUUAGCUGAGCAUUCACCACA